AGCACGACAUCCCAUUAUUAUCCGACAUUUUGAUUUACCAACGACCAAUCCACUCGAAAUUUAAAAUUAAAAAAGAGCAGCUCUUAAUAUAUAAUGAAGGAUGAAUUUAUCAAGUUAGUGACAUUUUCAUCAUAAUCAUCAUAUAAAGAUUCAAUGUCUGAAUCAGAUAUCUUGUCACCAGCGUUUGCUCCCUUUUUUGGGUUUGCUGGGUGUGCAGCAGCUAUGAUUUUAUCAUCAGCUGGUGCUGCAAUUGGUACUGCCAAAUCUGGGAUUGGUAUUGCUGGUAUUGGUACUUUCAAACCAGAUUUAAUUAUGAAAUCAUUGAUUCCAGUCGUCAUGUCUGGUAUAUUGUCGGUGUAUGGAUUGGUUGUUGCUGUCUUGAUUGCGGGAGGUUUAUCCCCUUCUGAGAAUUAUUCCUUAUUUAAUGGAUUUAUGCAUUUAGCUUGUGGUUUAUCAGUUGGAUUUUCAUGUUUAGCUUCAGGUUAUGCCAUUGGUAUUGUUGGUGAUGAAGGGGUUAGACAAUAUAUGCAUCAACCAAGAUUAUUCGUUGGUAUUGUUUUAAUUUUGAUUUUUGCUGAAGUCUUAGGUUUAUAUGGUAUGAUUAUUGCAUUAAUCUUAAAUACUAAAGGAAGUGGUUAAAAUAAAGAGUUCUUAUUCUUCGUUUUAAUCGUUAAUUUUUAUAUUUUUCAUGUCAUAUCUAUUCUUCAUUUCAUCUUAUACCGUUUAUCUGUUUUCUAAUUAUAUUACCUAUAAAAAAUAGACAUUAUUAAAGUUCAAACUUUCUCUA